AAGAAGGAAGGCAAUGUCGGCGGUGGAAGAGGAGGUCGAGAGCGAAGGGACGUCGGAGCUGGAGUGCGGCAUCUGCUGCAUGCCUUACGACCGCUGCGGCCGCGCGCCUCGGCGGCUGGGCGGCGCGCGCGGCUCCUGGAAGCCCUCGCGCUGCCGCCACGUGAUCUGCAGCGCCUGCGUCUGCCAGCUGGCGCGCGAGGGCUGGUGGGAGGAGGUCACGUGCCCCUACUGCCGGGCCGUCACCUCCCUCCGCGAGCGCGGCAACCUGCUGGCGGCCGGCGUCAGGCGGAGCAGCGGCGGCUGGCGGCGCCGCCUGGUCCUGCCGCCCAUCGACGCCGAGCUCUGGCAGAGGGUCGUGCUCCGGGAGCGGGAACCGGAGCAGGCCGCCCGCGUGGAGCGCUUAGCCGGCGACGACGAGGAGGAGGAGGAGCAAGAGAGCGGCGAGGACGUGCAAUGGCGCCCCUGGCGGACGCUGAAGAGACUCCUCAAGGGAGGUGGCCAAGCGCAUGCGCGGGAUGGGAGAGGGCGGGCCCGCGGCGGCUCCGGCCCCACGUGGCGGAGGCGGCAACCAAUCAACCCCUACGGUUCUGAGACGAAGGACCUGGCCCUCGUGACUUGCUACGUCAUCUGAAAACCAACGGUCACUUUGAACGGAUGAACUAUGUUGUGGUCGGUUGCAUCGAGGGGACCGGCUAUCUGGGGAAGGCAGCAGCACCCUCUCCCUUUGAAAUACUCCUUUUGCAUUAUCGUCGACAGUGGCCUAAGAAGUAUCGACAGAAAUUAUUUCGCCUUCUCACUGUGAAAUGCAGAUGGUGAUAGAAGUUACAACCGAAGAAAGAAUUCUAUCAUCUUCCCCUUUUGGAAAAGUUAAAAGGGCUGGAUUUUUUUUUUUUUUAAUUCUUCGGAGAUGUUAAUAGCCUCCCCUUAAAGGCGUUCAUAAUUUAGACAAACUCGGACAUUAUUCUCUGGAAGUGCUUCUUCCUCAGAUACCCUGGCAAAAUAACAAUCCACGUGACUAAAUAUAUACAUAUAUUAAAUGAAUCCCUUUUUGACACAGGUCAUUGAUUCCUUAGAGAAGCAGGACAAAGGAGUACUGGGCGAUCUAUUAUCAUCCUAGUUUGCGGUGUUUUUUCUUCCCAUCCAAGGCUGAAAUAUUUUGCCCGGCAUCUUUCCAACCCACAGAGAACCCGAUGAAGGUUUAAAACACCAUGAAGACCAAUUUAUAUUAAUCAUCGUCUCUGGAACGACGGGGCAAUGGGCCUUCUGCCCCUGAAGUAGAAUGGACGUUUCUGCUAGGAAUUUUAUUUAUUUCUCUGGUUGGAUUGGAACCUCCUUCGCAUCCAGAGACCUGAAAUGAAAGAAAGCCGAUCAAAUGUGACUUUUAGCAAUAUUUCUGGUGUGUAGGAGGAGGAGCUUUCUCUUGGUUUCUUAGAUGAGGAACUGAAAUGAAAGAGGUCCAAAGUCACAGCAGCUCCUGAGGAAAUAACGUCCUUUUCGAAGAUAAAUGUCCUCUUGUGAUUGUUUUCGACAAGGUCACUCCGAGUUGCGUCUUUUGUCAGGAUGGUUUUCUUUGCUUGUACAGAUUAUGAACUAAAAAACCCGGUCCUUUUUCUGUGCAUGAAGGGUUUUGCCUCUGGAGACGGAGAUUGUGCGACCUUGUCAGGCGUCGAGUUUCAAAUGCUGUAUCUAUAUAUUUUUGAAAGAAUCCAUUUCUGUGAAAUGUGUUUUGAACCCCUUCCUAACUUAAUAUUUAUAUUCUGCUGUCAUCGUUUGGCAGUUGUUAAGUUAUUUGAUGUUAAAUAAAAGACGUAGGAUUUUAAA